CACGCUUUCUGUUUCGUCAUUUUCUGCCUGCCGUCGUCCUCAACCCAUCUCUCUUCCUGACCACUACUCAUGUCUGGUCGCCCGGGGCACAACAGCCAGGAGGGCUACCCUUCGUCAUCGCCCUCCUCCGUUGACGCUCAUCAGAAUGACCCAUUCAGUCCGCCACAGCGCCGGUAUUAUGAUAAUGACUCGGAGGAUUAUGGUCGCAGAGAUACCUAUGCUUCCGACACCAGCAAUACUGGUUUCUAUGAUCAGAAUGGCGCUUAUGACCCAUAUCCCCCACAAGACACCGACUCCGAUGGCGAUGCUUAUGGUCCACGCUAUGCCCCCUCUGCGGAGUCCUUGGGCGUUCCUCGGAUGGGCAACUCAGAAUCAUCGACACCAACAUUCAUUGAUUAUGGCCAAGGUGGUCGAGAUGCUUACCCUGCUUGGAGUUCAGAGCGCCAAAUACCGCUGUCCAAAGAGGAGAUCGAAGACAUCUUCCUCGACCUUACCCAGAAAUUUGGUUUUCAGAGGGACUCUAUGAGAAACAUGUUUGAUUUCCUUAUGCAGCUUCUCGAUAGCCGAGCAUCCCGCAUGUCCCCCAAUCAAGCACUGCUUACGCUCCACGCUGAUUACAUAGGCGGACACCAUGCGAACUAUCGUAAAUGGUACUUUGCCGCUCAACUCGACCUCGACGAUGCUGUCGGUCAAACCCAGAAUCCGGGUCUGACCCGCUUGAAAUCCAAGGGAGGUUCUGGAAAGCGGCCCCCGCAUGAAAAGUCACUCAACACUGCUAUUGAGCGCUGGCGUCAGGCCAUGAACAACAUGAGCCAAUAUGACCGACUCCGACAGAUCGCCCUGUAUCUGUUGCUGUGGGGAGAGGCCGCUCAAGUCCGUUUUAUCCCCGAAUGCCUCUGCUUCAUUUUCAAGUGUGCAGACGACUACUACCGCUCACCAGAAUGCCAAAACCGGAUGGAACCUGUUCCAGAAGGGCUCUAUCUGAGGGCGGUCAUCAAGCCGCUCUACAGAUUCAUUCGGGACCAAGGGUAUGAGGUCGUGGAUGGCAAGUUUGUGAGAAGGGAGCGGGAUCACGAGGAUGUGAUUGGGUAUGACGAUGUGAAUCAGUUGUUCUGGUACCCUGAAGGAAUCGCUCGGAUUGUGUUGACCGACAAAACCCGCCUUGUGGAUCUGGCCCCCGCACAGCGGUUCAUGAAGUUUGAUCGCAUCGAUUGGAAUCGGGCCUUUUUCAAAACAUACUACGAACGACGCUCCUUUGGCCAUCUUCUUGUCAACUUCAACCGAGUUUGGGUCAUUCACAUAUCCCUUUAUUACUUCUAUACGGCCUAUAAUUCCCCUACCGUUUACCAGGUCAACGGAAACGACGUUCCCGCUUUACAAUGGAGUGCCACUGCUCUUGGUGGUGCGGUUGCUACAGUCAUCAUGAUUCUCGCCACCCUCACGGAAUUCUCCUACAUCCCAACCACCUGGAAUAAUACCUCCCAUCUUACACGCCGUCUUCUCUUCCUCCUCGUCACCCUUGCCCUUACGUGUGGACCCACGUUUUAUAUUGCUAUUGCUGAAAACAAUGGUUCUGGCGGCCAGCUCUCCCUCAUUCUCGGCAUUGUCCAGUUCUUCAUUUCUGUCGUCGCGACCCUCCUCUUUGCCAUCAUGCCGUCAGGUAGGAUGUUCGGAGACAGGGUGGCUGGGAAAUCGAGGAAGUAUCUAGCUAGCCAAACGUUUACCGCUAGUUAUCCUACUUUGGACACCGCUCCCCGCAUUGCUUCCUUGCUCCUCUGGCUCCUCAUUUUUAGCUGCAAAUUCGUCGAAUCUUAUUUUUUCCUUACCCUCUCUUUCCGAGACCCUAUCCGAGUCAUGGUGGGAAUGAAAAUCCAAGGUUGCAACGACCGGCUGUGGGGGAAUGCUCUCUGUACAAAUCAUGCGGCAUUCACGCUCACAAUCAUGUACAUUAUGGAUUUGGCCCUAUUCUUCCUGGACACUUUUCUGUGGUACAUCAUCUGGAACACUGUGUUCAGCAUCGGACGGUCGUUCUCGCUGGGUCUUUCCAUCUGGACACCUUGGAAGGACAUUUACACUCGGCUGCCGAAACGUAUUUACGCGAAGCUUUUGGCGACAAACGAUAUGGAAGUUAAAUACAAGCCCAAGGUCCUGGUCUCCCAAAUUUGGAAUGCCAUCAUCAUCUCCAUGUAUCGAGAACACCUUCUAUCUAUUGACCACGUUCAAAAGCUGCUUUAUCACCAAGUCGAUGGUGGUCCGGGUGCGAAUGGGCGACGCAGUUUGCGUGCGCCUCCCUUCUUCAUCUCACAGAAUGACAAAGGUUUCAAGGGUGAAUUCUUCCCGAGGGGUAGCGAGGCAGAACGACGCAUUUCGUUCUUCGCGCAGUCGUUGACGACAGCCAUGCCGGAGCCUCUGCCUGUGGAUGCUAUGCCUACGUUCACGGUUCUCACGCCACACUAUAGCGAAAAGAUUCUGCUUUCGCUUCGGGAGAUCAUUCGUGAAGAGGACAAGAACACCCGUGUCACGCUUUUGGAGUAUUUGAAGCAGCUUCACCCCGUAGAGUGGGAGAAUUUCGUUAGGGACACAAAGAUUCUGGCUGAAGAAUCGGCUAUGUUUAACGGCACGAAUCCAUUCGGAGACAACGAGAAGGCGCAGUCAAAGACGGAUGAUCUUCCGUUCUACUUUAUCGGUUUCAAGAGCGCUGCGCCGGAAUUUACUCUUCGAACACGUAUUUGGGCUUCCCUUCGUGCUCAAACCCUGUACCGCACAGUCUCCGGUAUGAUGAACUACUCGAAGGCCAUCAAACUUCUGUACCGUGUCGAGAAUCCUGAAGUCGUCCAAAUGUUUGGGGGAAAUACGGAUAAACUUGAACGUGAGCUUGAGCGCAUGGCUCGCCGCAAGUUCAAGUUUGUGGUCUCAAUGCAGAGGUACUCCAAGUUCAACAAGGAGGAACAGGAGAAUGCAGAGUUCUUACUACGCGCAUAUCCAGAUCUGCAGAUUGCAUAUCUUGAGGAAGAGCCGCCUAGGAAGGAGGGUGGUGAUCCCAGGAUCUUCUCGGCGCUCAUCGAUGGACAUAGCGAGUUCAUCUCUGAGACUGGUCGACGCAAACCGAAGUUCCGUAUUGAGCUCCCUGGGAACCCUAUCUUAGGUGAUGGCAAGUCCGACAAUCAAAACCAUGCCAUCAUCUUCUAUCGUGGAGAGUACUUACAGCUGAUCGAUGCCAACCAGGACAAUUACCUCGAGGAGUGCUUGAAGAUUAGGAACGUUCUGUCUGAGUUUGAAGAAUACAACAUCUCGAGCCAAAGUCCUUAUGCUCACUGGGGUCACAAGGAGUUCAAGCGUUCUCCCGUAGCCAUUGUUGGUGCCCGAGAGUACAUCUUCUCGGAGAAUAUCGGUAUCCUAGGUGAUCUUGCAGCUGGAAAGGAGCAGACAUUCGGUACACUUUCGGCAAGAUCCAUGGCCUGGAUUGGUGGCAAGCUGCACUACGGUCAUCCUGAUUUCCUGAACGCGUUGUUCAUGAACACACGUGGGGGUGUCUCAAAGGCGCAGAAAGGUCUACACUUGAACGAGGAUAUAUAUGCUGGUAUGAAUGCUUUCGGUCGUGGCGCCAGGAUCAAGCACACGGAGUACUUCCAAUGCGGCAAGGGUAGGGAUCUUGGAUUCGGCACAAUUCUGAACUUCCAGACCAAGAUUGGAACGGGUAUGGGUGAACAGAUGUUGAGUCGAGAGUAUUAUUAUCUGGGCACUCAGCUUCCCAUCGAUCGGUUCCUCACCUUCUACUAUGGGCAUCCCGGGUUUCACAUCAACAAUAUGCUGGUCAUCUUGUCGAUACAGCUGUUCAUUGUAACCAUGGUUUUCUUGGGUACAUUAAACUCGAGCGUUACUAUCUGUCGGUACACAGAUGAUGGGCAAUUCAUCGGUGGACAGGCAGGGUGCUACAAUUUGGACCCAGUCUUCAACUGGAUCAGACAUUGCAUCCUCAGUAUCUUCCUGGUAUUCAUGAUCGCGUUCUUACCCCUCUUCUUACAAGAACUGGUUGAACGCGGGACGUGGAAAGCCAUUUUCCGUUUAGCGAAGCAAUUUGGUUCAUUGUCGCCUGUGUUCGAGAUCUUCUCCACUCAGAUUUACACCCAUUCCAUCUUAAGCAACUUGACUUUUGGUGGAGCGCGUUACAUCGCUACUGGACGUGGCUUUGCCACUAGUAGGAUAUAUUUCAACAUCCUGUUUUCUCGGUUUGCAGGACCUAGUAUCUACCUUGGCAUGCGAUCGUUGGUCAUGUUGCUUUAUGUUACCCUGUCACUCUGGACGCCAUUCCUGAUCUACUUCUGGAUAUCCAUUGUCGCUCUUUGUGUCGCCCCGUUCUUGUUCAACCCCCAUCAGUUUGUCUUUUCCGAUUUCAUAAUAGAUUACAGGGAAUUUUUGCGGUGGAUGUCCAGGGGUAACUCUCGGUCUCACAACAACUCGUGGAUCGGAUAUUGCAGACUGUCGCGGACAAUGAUCACUGGUUACAAGAAGAAGAAACUUGGGCAUCCGUCCGAGAAGCUUUCCGGUGACGUACCGCGCGCUAGCUGGCAUGCUGUCAUCUUCUCAGAGGUUAUCUUCCCCGUUGUGAUGGCUAUUCUUUUCAUUAUCGCGUAUACGUUUGUGAAGUCGUUCCCUGUGAAUGGCGAAACACCGCCCAGCCCUCUUGUCCGAAUCGCAGUUAUUUCUUUGGGGCCUAUUGUAUGGAAUGCAGCAAUUUUGCUGACGCUAUUCCUCAUCAGUCUUUUCCUCGGACCUAUGCUAGACCCACUCUUCCCCCUCUUCGGUUCCGUCAUGGCGUUUACAGCACAUAUACUUGGCGCCGUUGGAAUGGUUGGAUUCUUUGAGUUCUUGUGGUUCCUCGAACUAUGGAAUGUUUCCCAUGCGGUACUGGGUUUGAUCACUGUCAUAUCGAUCCAGCGAGCUGUCCACAAAAUUCUCAUCUCUGUCUUCCUGUCUCGAGAGUUCAAGCACGACGAGACUAAUCGUGCGUGGUGGACAGGUCGGUGGUACGGUCGCGGUCUCGGUGCUCAUGUCAUGUCACAACCUGCACGAGAGUAUAUCGUGAAAAUCAUUGAGCUAUCGCUUUGGAGUUCUGAUUUGAUCAUCGGGCAUAUUCUUCUGUUCAUGUUGACGCCCCCUAUCUUAGUUCCUUACUUUGAUCGAUUCCAUGCCACAAUACUAUUUUGGCUGCGUCCCUCAAAACAAAUCCGUGCGCCUCUGUAUUCUAUAAAACAGAAAAGACAGCGUCGCUGGAUUAUAAUAAAAUACGGGACAAUAUACGUUGCUGUCAUUGCUCUAUUCGUGUUACUAAUUGCUCUUCCCGCUGUGUUCCGCACGACCCUCAAUUUCGAUUGUUCCAUAUGCAACAGCCUAUAACAGGACUACGAUUUUCACGAUUCUUAGACUCUGUGUACUUCACUAUUUUGAUUCUUGUCACGAUUUCACUGGUGCUGGGAUACUUAUGGACUUCUUCUGGGGCUGUCUCGCACAGC